AUGCCGCUGAAGGCGGUGAUCCUCAUCGGGGGCCCGCAGAAGGGGACCCGGUUCCGGCCGCUGUCCUUCGAGGUGCCCAAGCCGCUCUUCCCCGUGGCCGGGGUGCCCAUGGUGCAGCACCACAUCGAGGCCUGCGCCAAGGUGCCCGGCAUGAAGGAGAUCCUGCUGAUGGGCUUCUACCAGCCCCACGAGGCCCUCAGCCGCUUCCUGGUGUCAGCACAGCAGGAGUUCAAGAUCCCCAUCAGGUAUCUCCAGGAGUAUGCGGCGCUGGGCACGGGUGGUGGCAUCUAUCACUUCCGAGACCAGAUCCUGUCGGGUGGUGCUGAGGCCUUCUUUGUCCUCAACGCGGACGUGUGCUCAGAGUUCCCCUUGCAGGAGAUGCUGGAGUUCCAGCAGCGGCACGGGGAUGCGCACAGCUUUGUCAUUCUGGGUACCACAGCCAACAGGACGCAGGCGCUGAAUUAUGGCUGUAUCGUGGCAACCACGGACACGCAGGAGGUCCAGCACUACGUGGAGAAGCCCAGCACGUUUGUCAGUGAGAUCAUUAACUGUGGCAUCUACCUGUUCACACCUGCCAUCUUCCAGCACAUCGGUGAGGUCUUCCAGAGGAACCAGCAGGAGCUAGUGCUCUGUCCUUACCUUGGAGAGGAGAGCUCUAACGGCUGGCAGCGCGCAGAAGUGAUCCGGCUAGAGCAGGACGUUUUCACAGCACUGGCUGGGAGCGGCAAACUCUAUGUCUACAAAACUGAUGGCUUCUGGAGCCAGAUCAAGUCAGCUGGUUCUGCUAUCUAUGCCAGCCGCCUUUACCUGAACCAGUACAGCAAAAGCCACCCCGAGAGGCUGGCCCAGAACAAGCCUGGAGGCCCUGUCAUUCGAGGCAAUGUGUACAUCCACCCGACGGCCUCCAUCGACAGCAGUGCAGUGCUGGGCCCCAACGUCUCCAUUGGGCAGGGGGUGACGGUGGGAGCUGGUGUGCGUGUGCGAGAGUCCAUCGUCCUGCAUGGUGCCUCACUCCAUGACCACACCUGUGUCCUCAAUACCAUCGUGGGCUGGGACAGCACCAUCGGGCGCUGGGCACGUGUUGAAGGAACACCCAGUGACCCCAACCCCAAUGAUCCCUAUGCCAAGAUCGACAGCGAGACACUCUUUCGGGAUGGGCGCCUCACCCCCUCCAUCACAAUCCUGGGCUGCAGUGUCACCAUCCCUGCUGAGGUAGUUAUUCUUAACUCCAUCGUCCUUCCUCACAAGGAGCUGAGCCGCAGCUACAAGAACCAGAUUAUCCUGUGAGUCAGUGGCUUGCUGGAUUGCAGGGGGCCAGCACCAGCACCCCAGUCCCUGCUGUGCCUCACAGCAAGAGCCUGUGCUGGGGCUUUGCCUCCUGGGAGGUUCCCAGCACCCCCAGAAGGGUAGCUGCAGGCCAGGAGCCCUGCAAGUGCCUGACUCCUACUCCAGACAGACAUUAAAGCUGGUGAGCAUCAGCUUCGUGUGCUGCUUCUCUUGCAGCUCAGGGACCGUGUCGAAGGCUUCAGGGACAGCGUGUGGCCCUGACCCCCAUCUGUGUGCCUGUGCAGGGAGGCCUGAGCUGAGGCUGUUGAGGGAGCACUUGCUGCCUGUAGCAUCUUGGGUCCAGCUUUGGGUGUUUCUCUACCAAAGGGCACUACCAGCACAUUAUCUUGCCACCUGUCACGAGGCUCUCCCUGCAUCAGUUGCUGUCUGCAACUCUCUGGAAGAUCUUGGCUCAUCUCAGAGGCUGGGGAGCUUUCAAUCUGCCUGUCCUGUGUAGGCAGCUCACCCUGCAGGAGCUGGUUAUGAAGAUCCCUAUUCCAGCAGCAUGAUUGCAACAGCCUGAGCUGGGCUCCUGCCUACAGCUGGGAAAAUAGAGCAGAACGAGGCUGUUCUAAGGGUACUGGCACAAAAGGGCUGGGUUGGACAGGCAGGCUGCUGACCCUGGAAGGAGCUGCAAAAGGCCCCCCUUCCCCCAGCACCACCUCUGCCCUCAAGGGCUCUGUACGAGCCAGGAGAGCUGCCAGCCCUGCUGAGACUGCUCCGGUCAGGCUGAAACCUGCACAGGCUGCCUAGGCAGGGCUCAUGGUGAUAGCAGCAGGCCCCUGCCACCCCGGUGGGCCAACAGCCUCCUCCACACCAGCAUGGCUCUAGCUCGCUGCAUGUCUGCCCUCACACCAGCCAUGUCUACAAGGCACCAGAGCAAUCAACUUGUAUGUGUGCAGGUGGCAGAGAUCUACCACCUUGCUGUGUCUCAAACCCCCUGUUUUUAUUGAAGGCAGGUCCCUGCUGAUCCUGGCACACUGUCUAUAGUAACCAACACCACUGCCCUUUACCCACUUAACCUCCCUGUCUUCUCCUCUGGUCUUGAAGCCCGGCCCUCCCUCAAGGGCCCCAUCAUGCCUCUCGCCUUCAGUGAGGCACUGCAUUAGGGAUUCUCCAUCCAUUCAGUACCACCCCAUUUCACUGGAUUUGCAGUAAAUGCUUGUUCCCAGCCUGUGCCUUCCUGUACCAGUUCUCCUGUGGUCCUGGGUGCAGAUUAGUUGUUCCCUGGCUUUAAGCACAUUAAACUCCUUC